AUGACCCGGUGGUAUAACAAUCUUGCGCUGGGCCUGGGGUUGUUGAGCCUGGGAACAGGCGCGAGCGCUGCAGCGCCCGCGUGCUCUUCCGCUCCUGCAACGCUCCAUCUCCCGGAUCCGCCGUAUGACAACUACUUCUACUCGGACUGCAAUGUCGCCGCGCAGGUCGUCGUGACCAGCCCGCUUCCGGACAGCAAUCUGACGCUCAUCAGCCCGCGGCUCAUCGUCGCCUGGCCGGCCGGAAACAGCGGCGUGUGCGCGUUCUUCGCGCCGCAGAAUGGCAUCAAUGGCACGCUGGGCAUCGAGGUGGUGAAUUCGACGGUGGGCAACCCGCUGGCCGCGACGUACCAGCCUGCGUCCUCGAAUGCGUCUUAUCCCAGCGUGGGUGUCACAGGCGUGAUCCGCUUCAACUCGUCAGCUGUCCUGACGAUUCCGAUCCUGGGGAGCAUCCGGACGAUUCGCGACUUUACUGAGGGCCCCAGUCUCCUGCGGCCCGAGAUCCAGGAUGCCAUCCAGUUCACGGCCACGCCGGGCGGGGGCGCCUCUCUUUCGCGGCUGUGGCUGGACAACGUGACGACGACGCAUCUGAACUUUACGCCCGUGGCCAACACCAGCGCGGUCGAGAUCGACGGCAAGACGCUGAAAUUUGCUGCCGGCGACUACAUCUUCGCGGCGGACCUCAACUACCCGCAAAUGACACAGUUGACGCCAGCGCAGGUGCUGAACGCCGAGUCGUCGGGCCUGAUCACGCAGGAUCCGGGCGACACGACGGCGCUGUCCUUCCUGUCGUACUCGACCAAGCUGCUUGCAGGGGCAUGGCGGUUCCUGACCUACUUCGGGCGCGACUCGAUGAUUGCCGCGCUUCUGCUGGAGCCGGUACUCAGCUUGGGAGAGAACGGUGCGAUGGAGGCGGUUAUCGGGUCUGUUCUGGAGCGGUUGAACAAGACUGAUGGGAGUGUCUGUCAUGAAGAAGUCAUUGGUGACUACGCCACGUUUUUGAACCUGCAAGACAACAUCACCAGUACUGCUGCGUCGUGCACCUACCAGAUGGUUGACCCGGACUACUACCUCCCUGUCUUGAUGAAGAAGUACUUUAUCGACAAUCCGGUCGGUCAUUCCCGGACGGCCGCUUUCCUGAACACCACCGCAGGAUCCUUCAGUCCCGCAAACAAGGGCCUGACCUACGGCCAACUGGCGACGAUCAACGCCGAGCGAGUGAUGCGGCUAGCAGCGCCUUUUGCAGGGAAGAACAACCAGACCAAGGAGAAUCUGGUGCACUUGAAGCCGGGACAGAUCGUUGGUGACUGGAGAGAUAGUACUUACGGCAUCGGCGGAGGGCGCAUUCCCUACGACGUAAACACAGCCCUGAUGCCAGCAGCCCUGCGAGCAAUCGCCACCCUCUCCCGACAGGGAUUCUACUCAUCGCACCCAGAAUGGGGCGUCCUCGCAGACGAAUACGCACAAGUCUGGGAAGACGAGACACUACAAUUCUUCGAAGUGACAAUCCCCCAAAAGCAAGCUAAGCAGCUAGUCUCUUCCUACGCCAACACAAUCGGCUUCUCGGGGCCCAACCAGACAGACACGAUCGACUCGGACGUACACUUCUACGGCCUGGCGCUGGACGGCUAUGACAAUCUCAGCCAAGUGGCAGUCAUGAACACGGACGACUGCUUCCGGCAUUUCCUCCUUAACACGACGGGGAGACAGGACCAGCUGACUUCCUUCGUCAACCAGACAGCCAACAACAUCCGUCGCGUCUUCCCUGCUGGACUGACGACGAGCGCGGGCUUACUAGUCGCCAACCCAGCGUACGGCGACAAUCCAGUGUACGCGCAGAACUGGACGUCAGGCGCCUACCACGGAACGGUAGUAUGGUCAUGGCCAAUGGCAAUGAUGGCGAAAGGACUGGAGCAGCAGCUGGGACGGUGCCAACCUCACGGGGAUAUCCCGCAAUUCUGCCACGACCACUCCGUCUACGACAACCUCAAACAAGCAUACAACCUCCUCUGGGACACCAUCGAGGCCAACACGGCGCAGCUCUCGCAGGAGGUGUGGAGCUGGGUGUACAGCAACGGUAAUUUCCAGGUCAUGCCGUUGGGUGAGAUGCCUCCGCCGCCGGGGCAGGCUUUUCAGACGGAGUCUGAUAUCCGCCAGCUGUGGUCAUUGACCUUUUUGGCUGUGAAGAGGAAUCCUUCUUUCAAAUAA